AUAAAAACCUAAAUCCAUUCUAACUUCCCAAUGAAUGAUUUUUUGGAAGCUCUUACUACUCUCUCUCUCUCUGAAAAUGUCCGCUAGAGGCCUUGUCAUUGCAGCAGGGCAUCCAACCCUUCUUUUCCUUCUCCUCCUAUAUUGGUCUGGUUAUGCAUAUAGCGAUGCUAAGUCCUCAUCAUCAUCAUCCGAAUGCUAUUCUUCCUGCGGAAGCCUUCCCAAUAUUAGCUACCCCUUCCGCCUCAAAGACGACCCUAAAGGCUGCGGCCAAAAGCAAUUCGAAUUGGCCUGCGAGAACAAUCGCGCAAUAUUGUACUUAUUAUCCGAGAAGUAUUACGUCCUUAACAUCAACUACACGAUUGCCACCAUUCGGGUAGUGGACGUGCGCAUCGACCGGCGCAAUUGCUCCUCUCUUCCUCUUCAUUUUUCUCCACCAGAUAACCUGUUUUCAGAUUACACUUCUGGAUAUUACGGCGAAUUUUCGCCUGUAGUAGUGUUGGUGAACUGUCAUGAGAGGCCAAUAAAGCAGACAGAACAAAAUACGGUGAAUCACUACUACAUGGAUCUUGCUGCUGCUGGGUCUAAUUCUAAUUGUUUCAACAAUUACUACACUCCUUUAAGACGAAAUCAUUCGUAUAUCCUGAAAGGUUAUGUGUUGACGUCGGAUUUAGCGGAAUUGUGCACGGUGGAAGCGGUGGUUCCCAUUGCGGAUGAGCCAUUCCUUGGUGGCCGAAACCUUUCCCUCUUGGACAUUCACAACGCCAUGGCUAAUGGAUUUGAGCUUUACUAUUUGAAAUCAUGGGCGUGCCCCGGGGAUAGGUCCUACUUCCAUUGCCUCAUGGAGCAAAACCAAAUUGGUUUCCCCUUCGUUGGGUAUCGCCCCAACGGUGGUUUCUUAUACAUGGGCAUCAGUUUUUACAAACACAAGCGCUAUUAUUCUCAAGGCUUCAAAGCUGAUGCUAAUUUCCUCGGUUUCCGAAUCUCUGUCGGACUCCCAAUCCCAGCCAACGAUAACAGACUCUAUCCCGGAAUCAUUGGCUUAAGUAUUCUUGGAUGUAUCUUACUCUCAAUACCAAUAGGAUAUUUCCUAGUUGCAAGAGCUUUAAUUGGGCUACCGCUCUAUUUGGCAUUUUUGGUGUACAAAUUCUGGAAAAGGCAUGCAUGGAUAAACAACGAUAUUGAAAAUUUCCUUCUAAGUCAAGACAAUCUCGUGCCCAUUAGCUACUCUUACUCUAAGAUUAGUAAAAUGACUAGCAGCUUCAACCACAAGGUGGGCGAAGGAGGCUUUGGCCUUGUGUAUAAAGGAGAGCUUAAAAGUGGUAGAAUUGUGGCUGUAAAAGUGUUGAAGAUGUCCACAGCUACUGCUCGAGAAUUCAUCAAUGAAGUUGCCACCGUUGGUAGGAUUUAUCAUCUCAACGUGGUUCGUCUUGUUGGAUUUCAUGCUGGGAGAUCUAAACGCGCUCUUAUAUAUGAUUUCAUGCCUAAUGGUUCACUUGAAAAGUACAUAUUUUCUGAGCAAGGAGCUUUCUCCUUGACUUACAAGCAAAUGUUUGACAUUUCACUUGGCGUGGCUCGCGGGAUUGAAUACUUGCAUGAUGGUUGUGACAUGAAGAUCUUACAUUUUGAUAUCAAACCUCACAACAUUCUUCUUGAUGAGAACUUUAUUCCUAAAAUUUCAGAUUUUGGGUUGGCAAAAUUGUACCCAACAGAUGAUAGCAUUGUCUCUUUGACCGCAGCUAGAGGGACAUUUGGCUACAUGGCUCCAGAGUUGUUGUACAACAACAUUGGAGGAGUUUCACACAAAGCCGAUAUUUAUAGUUUUGGGAUAUUGUUGAUGGAAAUGACAAGUAAGAGACGGAACCUAAAUGCCUAUGCAGAUCACACAAGCCAAAUUUACUUCCCUUCAUGGGUUUAUGUCCAGCUCAACAAAGGGAAAGGGAUAGAAAUGGAAGAUGCCAACGAAGAGGAAAAGGUGCUAGUGAACAAGAUGAUGUUGGUAGCUUUGUGGUGCAUUCAAAUGAAGCCCAUUGAUCGUCCGUCGAUGAGUAAGGUUGUGGAGAUGCUUGAAGGGUGUGUUGAACUCAUACCUAUGCCUCCCAAGCCCUCACUUUGCCCACAAGAAAUGUCAAAUUAAUAUCACGAAAUCAACACAACACUUAAAAGGUAAGCACUUGUUAUUGAAUAAAUAGUUAAUGGUCAUCACUAUAAACAUUUGAAUUCAUGUAUGCCAAUGCCCGCCAUCUUCCAAGGCAUGGGUGAGCUUAGAGACUUGGUUUCUUGGAGCACGCCAUCUUCCAAGUAUAAACAUUUGUAAGUUAUAAUUUUUUUUCUUACUAAAAUUAGAGCAAAUUAUAGUACCAUCCAUGUACCAAAUAAAUUAAUCAUAAUAAAACUAUAUUUUUCUACCA